GCUGCUCUGCGUAGCAGCCGGGGAAGGUGGAGCCGCUUUAUCGGUAGCCGAAGUGGAAUUUUCCCCGUCAGUUGCCGGCUCCGCCGCGAAGGAAACGCCAGCGGGAGCCGUCUGCUCUCGUCUCCCCGUGUCGCGCCGCUUGCUGCCCGCUGUCAUGUCCAACUACAUCCACGUCCCGCCUGGCUCGCCGGAGGUGCCCAAGCUGGACAUCACCGUCAGCGAGCGGGAGGGGCCCGGGUAUCGCCAGGGCGCUCUGCAGUUGCUGCGUCGGCUGCGCCCGCACUGGAGACCCGAGGAGGUGACGCUGCAGCUGUUCACUGAUGGAAUCACCAAUAAAUUAAUUGGCUGCUACGUGGGUGACAUAACAGAUGAUGUCGUUCUAGUUAGGAUCUAUGGGAACAAGACUGAGCUGCUGGUGGAUCGGGAUGAGGAGGUGAAAAGUUUCCGUGUGUUGCAGGCCCAUGGCUGUGCACCUCAGCUCUACUGCACCUUUAACAAUGGCCUGUGCUAUGAGUUCAUGCAGGGAGAAGCCCUGGAUCCAGAGCAUGUGUGCAAUCCAGACAUUUUCAGACUCAUAGCUAGACAACUUGCUAAAAUCCAUACUAUUCAUGCACACAAUGGAUGGAUCCCUAAAUCCAAUUUGUGGCUGAAAAUGGGGAAAUACUUCUCUCUCAUACCCACAGAAUUUGCAGAUGAGGAAGUAAAUAAAAGGUUCUUAAGUGAUAUUCCGAGUCCUCAAGUUCUUCAGGAAGAGAUGGCCUGGAUGAAGGAAAGACUGUCAAAUUUAGGAUCACCAGUAGUGCUCUGUCACAACGACCUGUUGUGCAAGAAUAUUAUUUACAACAAGAAAAGAGGUGAUGUGCAGUUCAUAGACUAUGAGUACUCUGGGUACAACUACUUGGCUUAUGACAUUGGAAAUCACUUCAAUGAAUUUGCAGGAGUAAAUGAGGUAGACUACAGCCUUUAUCCCAACAGGAAAUUACAGGAGCAGUGGCUGAGAUCUUACCUUGAGGCCUACAAAGAAUAUAAAGGAUUUGGCACAGAAGUCAGUGAAAAAGAGGUUGAAGUUCUGUAUGUCCAAGUCAAUCAGUUUGCACUGGCUUCACACUUCUUUUGGGGAUUGUGGGCUCUUAUUCAAGCCAAAUAUUCUACCAUUGAUUUUGAUUUUCUAGGGUAUGCAAUUGUUCGGUUUAACCAGUAUUUCAAAAUGAAACUGGAGGUCAUGACGUUAACUCUUCCUGAGUAAUGAAGAGGAGGACUCUUACCAAGUGGAUAGACAACCCCUGAAUCUUUUCUGAGAACAGAUACUGGAAAAAAAGCUAAACAUUUGUUGAAGUGCUGUAAUGCUCACUUGGUGGUUCUUGCUUUAUAAAUAAUGCCUCUAGACAGUCCUUUAAUGUUAAAUUUAUUAUGAAGAACAUACGUACUGCUGUUGAUAUAAAACAGAUUAGAAACUUGCUAAAUCUAUAAAAAGUUGUAGAAAUGGCAAAUUAAUCCUUCUUUGUAAUUUAA